CUUCUCUACAGACUACUCUCCCUCGCAGUCCUGAAGGAAUACUCACCUUGGGCUGGAGAGAGUGGGAUUUGAAUAUGGUGUAUCAUCAGGCCUUUGUCCUGAUAAAUGGAUGAAUACACACGCCAUAGCCAAACUUAGAGGUGUUUGUCCCUUCUCUGUUCUGAGGGUGCUGUGUGUACCCUGAACCAGGGUUUCUUUAUUCUAUAACCCUCAUCUAUACAGCCAUGCAAGGGCGGAGUCUGCUCUUCAUCUUUUCCCUCCUCUUCCUCCUCCUGUCAUUCUCCGAGGAGAAAAAGAAGUCCAAGCAGCCAUCAGAUGCAGUGACAGUGUCAGACAGUACGCCAGUCAAAGCCUCACUGGAAUCAGGUCAGCUGAGUACUAAGGAUGGGCGUCGCUGCACCUGGGAGAUGCUGGAAAGAGGAGCCAACAUACUGCUCCAGGUGAGCUGCUCCCCCCAUGGGAAGGAGGGGCUCACAACUCCCUACACUUGCCAGUUUGCUGGAAAACCUCAGGAAUGCUCCAUAUAUAGCAUUCAGUCCUCCCAGUAUUGGAAACAGGUGGUGAGCAAACUUAAGAAACGCAAGAACGCUUGUGAGGGUGAGAAAGUCCUGAAAACUCGCCUGUGUAAGAAAACGCCCAAUGCAUCUCACAUGAAACUCACAGAGAGAAGUGUGGAGGAAACGACCACGCAUGUGAGCAAGGGAAUGAGAGAAGAGAACAAACGGAAAACAGACGUUCCUACAAGGAAAGGAAAGGAAGUAGAGAAAGAGAAUGAAGAGGAGGUGAAGACAGAGGAAGAUGAGGGAGUGGUGAAUGAUAGAUUCUCAGACAUGGAGCCUGCCACGAGCUACUGUGGAGAGGGAUGGCAUUCGAUCUGUAGUUUCUUUGUCAAGUUUUUUGAUGAUUAAAAUAUAUCUUGCUUUUCGGACCCAGUGGAGGAUAAAACUGAAGGCUAGAAUGUAUGUAAAAAGGGGGGAAAAGACACUGUCAGGUCACAUAAAAGUUAGUCUGCACCCAGUCAACAUUAUAGAUAAAAACAACCAAGUUGUAAAGAGAAACAAAAAUAGAGACAGAGAAAGUAGCUUAUAUGUAAUAUUUAACAAUCACACUAAUCACAUUGAUUAUUAUUUUACACAAACUGUAUUAUUGCAUAUUGUAAAUAAGUUUGAUUUAUCUUUGUGUAGAUAUGAAUAAUUGUAAUUUGUAUUCCACACAUAACAUUUGACUGUUUGCUUUUUUGCUCAUUUUUAAUAAAUGUUUUUUCAAAUGUUGUAUAUGAUUAUUGCAAAAG